AUGGCCACCUCCCUCCGCUCGAUCAAGUCCCUCGUCCCCCUCCUCGACCGCGUCCUCGUGCAGCGCGUCAAGGCCGAGGCCAAGACUGCCGGGGGCAUCUUUCUUCCUGAGACGGCCGUCAAGGAGCUCAACGAGGCCAAGGUUUUGGCUGUUGGGCCGGGCGGGCUCGACAAGGAUGGGAAGAGGGUGCCUAUGGGGUGUGCGGCUGGGGAUAGGGUUUUGAUCCCUCAGUAUGGCGGUUCUCCUGUCAAGGUUGGGGAUGAGGAGUAUCACCUUUUCAGGGAUAGCGAGAUUUUGGCAAAGAUUAAUGAGCAGAAUAAUGCUUAA